AGUUGAUUAAUUAUCUAAACUCCCAUGUUGUGAUCCACUCCCCAUUCCCCUUCCCCUGCCCCAAUUAAAAAAAAAAAUAAAUGUAAAACAUCGUUCUCUUGUAUUCAUUAUACUUUGCCUCACAUCACAUGGUAUUUGGUUAAAAUAUUCGGGUUUGGGGAUUAAACCAUCCAUUUGUUCUUCCAUAACUCACCGCACCGCCAGCUGCUGAAUCGUUUUCCCGACCCGAAAUGGUCUCCCUCAUCUGAUCUAGGUUUUCAUAUCUGUGGAUCUCGCUAUUCUAGGGUUCUUCUGACAGAUCCAAUUGGUUUUUCUGAUUGCGUAUGUCAAAUUCUCUGGUUUAUUUGAUCUCCGAUCUACACUUUAUUGAAUAAUCAUAAUUGCAAAAUGCCUGUGAAAGUAGCGAGUGCGUCGAUACGGGAUCGGACUCAGGAGUUUCAGAGUAUAGCUGAUAGGUUAAAGAAGUCUUUCUCUUCUGUUCACAAUGGGCCCAUUAGCAGCAGCGCUACUAAUACUGGUUCUAGAUCGGAGGAACAGAGGAAUACUAUUGCUAUGCAAUCAGAGUUCAAUCGAAGAGCUUCGAAAAUUGGUUUUGGAAUACAUCAAACCUCUCAGAAACUUGCAAAGCUAGCAAAAUUGGCAAAAAGGACUUCUGUUUUUGAUGAUCCGACUACAGAAAUCCAAGAUCUGACUGCAGUUAUCAAGCAAGAUAUUACAGCACUUAACUCUGCUGUAGUAGAUCUCCAGCUUCACUCUAAUGCUCGUAAUGAAAGUGGUAAUAGCGAUACCACUAGUCACUCGACCACUGUUGUAGAUGACUUGAAGAACAGACUGAUGACUGCCACAAAGGAGUUUAAAGAAGUACUCACCAUGAGGACAGAGAAUAUGAAGGUUCAUGAGAACAGAAGACAGAUUUUUUCUUCAUCGGCUACCAAAGAAGCUUCAAAUCCGUUUAUGCGCCAACGUCCACUAGCUUCAAGGAAUAGUGCUAGUACAUCAGCCAGCCCUCCUCCUUGGGCUAAUGAUUCAGCUUCUUCUUCUCAGUUAUUUCCAAGGAAGCAAGGGGAUGGAGACACACAGCCAUUGCUGCAGGAGCAGCAGCAGCAACAGCAGAUAGUUCCAUUGCAAGACAGUUACAUGCAGAGUAGAGCGGAAGCUCUUCAAAAUGUUGAGUCUACGAUCCAUGAGCUGGGCAGCAUUUUUAAUCAGCUUGCCACCUUGGUUUCUCAGCAAGGAGAGGUUGCAAUCAGGAUUGAUGAGAACAUGGAUGACACACUAGCAAAUGUGGAAGGAGCACAAGGGGCUUUGCUCAAGUACCUCAAUAGCAUCUCGUCAAAUCGGUGGCUAAUGAUUAAGAUAUUCUUUGUGUUGAUUUUCUUCCUUAUGAUUUUCUUAUUUUUUGUGGCAUAGUGAAAAAUGGCAACAUUCAACAAAGUGUGAUGUAGAAAUACAAAUAAUCGUGUAUUUUAGAUAAGUUGCUCCGUCCCCUUGUGACAUUACUGUUGUUUCAAAAGUUCUAAUUUGGUACCAAAUCCAUUUUGAGGCGUCUUUUCACCCUUGUCUUCCCGAACAAGGGAAAAUUAUCCCGGUAUAAAUACUGUAUUAUUUUA